AAAUACGAAAAAAGUCAAAAACCGGUUAAUUACCAUAGAAAGAGAGAUACAACACAUUCUUAUCAGAAUAAACUCGUAGCUAUUUUUCGUGAGGAAAAAUUAAACAUUUAAAUUUUAUUUAAAAUACUAGACUAGAAAAUCCAGAUUAAUUUUGAAUUAAUUAAAAUUGUUUUUAUUAAUUUCUACAACAUGAGAUACAUGUGGACCAAAAUUCAGCCACACUUGAGAAGCGUAGUUGAGACUAACAAGUCGUUGCUUUUCAAAGAUCAUAGCUGUAAUCUAGUUAAACCAACUUAUUUAAAUAUGUCCACUAACACUGUACUUUCUACUCCUGCUGCUGCUGUGACUUCCGAUGAAAAGCCAAUACUGUAUUCGUAUUGGCGCAGUUCCUGCUCCUGGCGUGUGCGCAUUGCUUUGAAUCUCAAGGAAAUUCCAUACGAUAUUAAACCCAUCAGCUUGAUCAAGUCGGGAGGCGAACAGCAUUGCAAUGAAUAUCGUGAGGUUAAUCCGAUGGAACAAGUACCAGCUUUGCAAAUUGAUGGCCACACUUUAAUUGAAUCUUUGGCUAUUAUGCAUUAUUUGGAGGAAACACGCCCACAGCGCCCACUUUUGCCUCAAGAUGUUCACAAACGUGCCAAAGUUCGUGAGAUUUGUGAAAUCAUUUGCUCUGGCAUUCAACCUUUACAAAACUUAAUCGUUUUGAUUCAUGUGGGCGAGGAGAAGAAAAAGGAAUGGGCUCAACAUUGGAUUACCCGUGGCUUUAGGGCUGUCGAAAAGGUUCUAUCGACUUCGGCUGGCAAAUACUGUGUGGGCGAUGAAAUUUCAAUGGCUGAUUGUUGUUUGGUUCCUCAAGUUUUCAAUGCACGCAGAUUCCAUGUUGAUUUACGCCCUUAUCCCAUCAUUUUGCGUAUUGAUCGUGAAUUGGAAAGUAAUCCAGCUUUUCGGGCCGCUCAUCCCUCCAACCAACCCGACUGUCCACCAGAGUUGCCAAACAAAUAGAAUUUUCCGCAACCAACUGCAAAACGGAGAAAAACGAAAAAAUAAAAUGUUUGCAGUUUUGAAAUUUGGAUGAAACAAAACAACACAAGUACAUAAAACAUAACAAAAAGAAACAUUUUGUAAAAUCCCUUCUUAAAUAUUCUUUUCCUUAAAACUUUAUAAUUAAAAAAAGUAAUAAUAAAUAAAAAAUAAAAAAACAGCACAUGAUGUGAUGAUUGCAGUUGCAAACCGCAUAUUAGAACGUUUGAUAAACGUAAAUUGAUUAAAAAAUUUAUAAAAAUAAAUAUUAAUAAAAGAAAACAUUAAUGUUUCUCUCUAAACAUUCAAAUAAUAUUGGAAACAAAUAAAAUGAAAAAACAAAACAAUUUUCUUGGAAAAUUUAGAAUUACAAAUUGAAAUUUACAUUUACAUUUAGGUUUUAUUAAUUUUGGAAACUUCUUAAUUUAUAAUCUAAAAAACAAAACAAAAAUAAAUACUUACUAAUAAACUCUUUGUACGAAAAGCAAAAUUACAUUCAGGGAUUUUUUCUAAAUACAAAAAAAAUAAAAUAAAAAAAAUAUUUUUAAAAAAUAAAACACAAUUUUACAGUAAAACAGAAAAGUGUUAAUAAAACACUUUUUUUUAAACAAUUACUAAAAAAUUUAAAAGAAAAACAACAAAAUAUUCUAAACAAAUAUUUUCAAUAAAGUAGCUGAAAAGUAAAACAAAGUAAAUAUUAAAAUACAAUUACUAUCAAAGGUACAAACAAUUUCACUAUAAAAACAAACAAAACUUAUAAACAAAUAUUUAAAAAAUAUAUUAAAAAAAGCAAACAACUUACAAGGGCCACCACAACUACCCUAAAAACUCUAAUAAGAAAAUCUUUUAAAACAACUUUUUCAUAAAUUAAAAAACAAAAAAACUACAACAUAUUUAAAGUAGCAAGCAAAGAUUAUUAAAUAUAAUAACUAACUAAAAAUUCCAUAAAAAUUUAAUUAACAAAAAAAUCCACAUAAAUUAGAAAUCUUUUUAACAAAAUAGUUUCAAUCUACAUAUAAAUACUUAUAUAAAAAAACCAACAACUUGAACAUUAAAUAUUGAAUUCUAGAAAUCUUGAAAAGUUUAUUCAUGUUUUAAAUACAAAUAUUAAGAAAAAAGAAGUCUUGCACUCAUAAUUAACUUUUUUAAAAAUCAAAAACUUUUAGUAAACAGCACUUUAACAACCAUUUAUCAUUAGAAAAGAACAUUUGUUUGGAAAUCCAGUUUUUGAAAAUAAAAAGCAUUUAAAUCAUACCAUUGAAAAGAGAUUUUAAAUAACGUUGUAUUGAAAAGAAAAAGAAAAAACAAAUUUAAAUAUUUAUUGAUCAUUCAAAAAUUAAAAAAAAAUUAUAAUUCAUGUAAAAUCCCAAAAACAAAUAUAAUGUAAAUGUGUUUAAUUAAUUAACAUUAAAUCAAAUAAAUAACAAAAAUAAUGAAUGAAUAAAUGAAUGAAACAAACAAUAAUGAAAUGAUUCCAUUAAUUAAAUUGUAUCGAUUACAAAAAUACUUACAUACAAAAAAAACCCAAAACCUAAUCAUGUUAAAUAUUUUGCUUUUAAAUAAAGAAUUCUAUGUGGUAAUAAAAAAAGGA